AUGGAGUCACUUCCUGUGAUUGCUCCUCGUCUUCCACCGUUACCGAAGAAGAAGAUGGAGCCACUUCCUGUGAUUGCUCCUCGACCACUAUUUCAUUUUCCGCCAUUGUCAAACAAACCUUCGAGCCGUUGCAGACGAAUUUCUUCUUCGUCUUUAAAAAGAGGCGGUCACCGGGCGAUUCGACCCAAGAUGGACGGAUGA